AUGUCCCACCCCAUGAAGAAAUCCACACGUUCACGGAUUAACCUGACCACAUCCACGCCCAUCCAGUACUCGCAGUCACGGGCACAGAACAACCAGCCGUCGUGGACAGCAGCAGACGCAGCUAAAGCCUCGAAGAACGGCGCAUUCCUUACCCCUUGGCCCCCUAAAGAACCAUACUAUACUCCGGCAGUUGACCUUUUCGGUCAGGGGCAGAGCCAGACCGGGCUGAAAGCAGGUGCUAAGCUUUUGAAACCAGCUUCACCUACCGUGAUUCGUAACAUCGAUGCCUGA